CAUAAUAGUCAUGCGCUGUUGACUCGGAGAAGAAGAACUGGUCCACGCUGAUUUUAUCUUCCAUCGCGGGAAUGUUUGUAAACAUGAAGGACAAAACUCGUUUCUUGAUAGAUAAUAAAUAUCUUAGAGUAGCCGGAACGAUUGUAAUUUCUGUGCUUAGAUCUCUCAGUGUAGCGUGAAACGAGCAUUAAAUUGUUCUUGAUAAGUUUUUUAUUCUAUAUUUAUCUGCUGGAGAGAAAUAAAGCAAAGAUGGCUUUAUCUGUGUUGAAAACUUCUAUCAGACGUAUUUGUGGUCAGUAUAUUAUUGAGAAAUCAGUCUCUAGCUUUCAAAUUAAAAACCAGUUUUUGCGAAGGAGAAUGAUAAAGACUGAUAUUUUUAGAUUUUGCAAUGCUCAAAGCAAUGGAUGGGUAACUAUUAUAUUUGAGAAAUCAGAUGGAACUCGAUUAAAAAGAUUGGGCAAAAUUGGAGAAAAAGUUCAACAAGUGAUUGGAAAAGAUAAUCCUGAUUUUCCUGGAUAUGGAGAAUGUGAUGGAACUAUGAGUUGCUCUUGUUGCCAUGUGAUCCUUUCUAAAGAAGAUUAUGAUAAGUUUGAUGUGGAUAAAAGAAUGAAAACAAAGGAAGAAGAUUUGAUAUUAAGCGCAUCAAUAAAUCCUACUCCUACCUCAAGAUUAGGUUGCUGCUUAACAAUUGAGCCAGCAAUGGACGGUAUAGUUUUAAAACUUCCACCUGAAGUAAAAGAUUUGAAACAAAUGUAAAAAUACACAUAAUAUUGUGUAUUGAUGUUUAUAAACUUUUAUUUUGUUUUUGUCUAUA